AUGUCUAACGCCGGCCUGUGUCAAGGAUGCCGGACAAUAUCCUUUGGAUCCCUUUUUAAGGGGUCGGGGGACCACUAUGAAUACGCAUCGAAAGAAACGAAACUCGGCACUCUAAGGAGAAUCUGGUCGGAAACUUCGUGCCAAUUCUGUGGGCUCGUGAAAUACACGUUCGAGACGCACUGGGGCAAGAAACCCGUUGAGGUGACUUUACUCUCAGAUGCUUGCCCAAUAGUGUAUAUGUAUUGGGGACCCUUGGAUGUAUAUCACGAUGAUUCCAAGAAAUCCGCUAGUAACGAUAUCCCCUAUUAUAUCGAUUUCGGGUUGUUUGAUCUGACCAACGAUGAAUUUUCCAUGCUACGCGCUGAAAGGCUAGGCCGAAACUAUGAUGCGAGUGUUAUUAGCAACCCUCGAGUGAUUGCCCUACGGAAUAACCAGAGUACGGGUAAACAUCCACAGCAUUUUGGGAGGACUGUUCAGCCGGAUGUGAUCGAUUGGUCUAUACUUAAAGAUUGGCUAGCAUCGUGUUCAUCUAAACACUCCAACGACAAACUUGUCAACCUAGUAAAGCUAGAAGAUCAGCUGGAGCUACGCGUCAUCGAUGUAUGCCAAGCCUGCGUUGUAAUCCUUCCUCGCGGGGCACACUACAUCGCUCUGAGUUACGUAUGGGGCAAAGAUCAAGCAUUGAAACUUAAACGAGAUAAUGAGUCAUUUUUAUCUACGGCAGGAUGCUUCAAUAACAGGAGAUUCUGCCCUUCCCGGACUAUCAUAGAUGCGAUGCAGGCAGUGCGCUAUCUAGGGUUUCGUUAUCUCUGGGUUGACGCUCUGUGUAUAGUGCAGGACGACGUUCAAAAUGUUCAGGCAAACGUGGGGCAGAUGUGCCGGAUCUAUAGCGAAGCGCUUUUGACGAUUGUCGCAGCGGCUGGCAGUGACGCAGAUCAUGGAAUACCUGGCGUAUCUCCUGAACUUCCUCGAUCUAUAAAGCAGAAGAGAGUUACCAUUCAGGGGGUUACUAUAUCCAAUCGGCUUUACUCCGAUGAACAUGUUUUACUUUUAAGGCUUUUAUUCCAUACGAGCUAUGAAGGAACACACUUCACCGCAUUUGACAUUGCUUCUAGGUUGGAUGAGAGGAACAACGUAUUUGAAGUUUACGCCCUUGCCGUAUCCGAAUAUACAAAACGGUCCAUCACCAAUCCUAUGGACAAAGUCAGAGCUUUCGAUGGAAUACUAGGUCGGCUAUAUCGACCGUUCAAAUGCCCGUUUUUCUUCGGCCUCCCGGUAUCAAUGUUUGACAUAGCACUACUCUGGAUGCCGGUGGGCCCAUGCACGCGUGAAAAUUCGACCUUCCCAAGUUGGUCUUGGGCGGGUUGGAAUGGAGCUGUGGCGUAUGAUUACAUUGAGACGGACACGCUGACAAAUCUAUGCGAGCAUACCGUCAGCCAAUGUAGUAUAAAGACUAUCGAGGCUGACAUUGAAAUAUGUCACUCAGCCACACCUGUGGCAGCCAAUAUUACGUUGAUGGAAGACCAAAACAACUGGACGCGACAUUAUGAUGACGAGGCGUCCGAGAUAUACUACCAGUUUUCAGACUACCGUCUUUCGGAAAAGGAAUCUCGAUCAUAUAGAUAUCCGCGUCAGCUAUGGUUGUCUCCGGUCCUGCGCAUUCAAGGGCAAGUUGCUAGACUUCGUCUUACUGGACAACACUCUGGAUCUGCCGGUACUGUUGCAACUUGUCGCAAUGACCACCAUGUUCAGUGCAACUUAGCCAUUCUAGAUGCUAAGGGUCGGGCUGCUGGAAGGGUGCUUGUAGAUGCGCGCACUGUGCCUCAACUCCAGAAUCGAGAACACGGGUUCCUAGCUCUCUCUCGAUCAACCCUCUACCGCAAUGACAUGGACAUUAGCUGGGAUGAGCAAUCGAAGACCUUUAAGUCUUGGGUAGAUGCGCCAAACCCAGAAAAAGAGGGGAUUCAGGAAGCGGAAUAUGAAGAAUAUAUUAAACCAUUCGAAAAUUGGAUUGCGGGUGACUUAUCAGCGGCAGAUGGCUACACGAUAAAUUCUGGGUCAAACUUCAGGGUGGAUAGGUCAAAUGUUUUUAAGAAGGACUAUGAUGGCCCGCAAGAGAACAGGGGCCCUUUUGACGCAAGAUAUUACAGCGAAAAAGUCUUCUGGCCUCUAUUCAACGUCCUAUUACUAUCCGAGGAGAAGAAUGGCAGGGUGGAGAGGCGUGGGAUUGGUCAGGUCCAUAUCGAUGCAUUUCAAAAUGGUAAAGAGGAAGAGAUCUUGUUAAGAUAAUAGGAGAACAGCAGUGACAACAUUACAAUUGCUUAUGGUAAAUUCAUUAUGC